AUGUCCGGAAUCCCGCCAGCAACAUUCACGGUAAUCGCCGCUUCAGCCUCCAACAAUCAGCGACGUCUAAACAAGGAGAACCAGAAAAGGCAGCCACAGUCCAAGUCCAACAAGACACCACAAGAACAACAACUGGCGACGGGGUCGGGGUCGAAGACAAAUAGUUGCCACAUUGCUUAGAUAUAGUAACUAUCUUAUCUGUACCAAGGACUUAAAGCAUAAAAAUAUAUUUCCAAUGACAUAAACACCGAGUAUAAAUGGGCCAAACAAAGCAUUUCAGCUUUCAGUUAAUUGCAGAACGACAGCCGGACGGAAUAAUCGACGAACCGAUCGACAAAAUGAAAACGACCAUCGUGGAGGAGUCGAGUGUAAAUGAAACGAUAGAAACGAUAGCAACCAGCAGUGGCACGCGUCUGCAGGAAACCAUUGAAAUCACCAAUAUCGAGGGCUCACCGAUCCCCAAGCAACGCCAUCAGCACCACCAUCACCGCCACCACCAUCAUCACCAGGAGAACGUGGAAUUAGUAGAGGAGGUCAUACUAGUGGAAAAUGAUCAGACGUCGCGUAAACAGCAUCACCGCCACCACCGCCAGGAGAAUGUCGAGGUGGUGGCCAGUGAGGAGGUGAUUCUGGUGGAGAGCGAUCCCAAGACACGAAAACACCAUCGCCACCACCACAAGCAAAAGGGCUCACCACCGCCGCCCCUGCCGGAGACCUCGCCGCCAUUCCUCACCCCCACCGAGGAGGAGACUUUCAGCGCGGUUUGGGAACCGCAGGCCUUCUGGAAUCAGCCCAGUUCCAGUCCCUCUACAGACCUAGACCUAGACACCACUUCAACUUCCGAUGAGUUCUCCACUGUGGUCUGGCAAACGGAGACUCAGGAGACCACCUACAAGGCCAGCCAGAAAAACGUAACAGUGGUGCAAGAGGAAAUCGUGGUUAAGGAUGUGGAUCCUCCAGCCUAUGCGCCGCCGCAACUUCAAGUCCAGACCGGAUUCUUCCCAGCAUCACAGCAACCCCCACUGUCCCCCAUUGCCGAAGUGGUACAAACCGAAAUAGUCUCCGAAUCAGUGGCUACUUCUCCCGUUAUAGAGCCGUCCAUAAAUGUCACCAUCACGGAGACUGUGAAAGUUACUCCGUUGGUUAAAAUUAUACAUGAACCGGAUGACAUUCCUCCACCCGGAUUUGUGGCCAGACUUGUGGAGAAUAUUGAAGGAGCUGCUGCCUUGAAUUCUUCUCAGGCCCCGCUACCCAAAGGAUUCUUCGCACGGACAGGAUUCACGGAAACUAUUGUGGAGGACAUUCAAGUCGAAGCUCAGCCUCCAAUUCAAGACAGUGUUGAAGUAAUCACAGACCUUGAUUCUCCAUUCUUGCUGCCGGAAAAUGGUUUCGGUUCAGAGGAAACAGUGGUGGAAGUGGAAACGGAUAUGGAUUCCCCUUUUCUUCUGCCAUCUAAUGGUUUUGAAUCCGAGCCAGAGAUCGUGGAGGAAAAAAUAGAAGUCAUACAAGUAGAUCCUGUGGUUCAGAUCCCAGCUCCAUCUUCUGUUCCUGUGGAAGGUGUUGUAGAGUCGAUAGUGGAGAGCAUAGAAGUCGCCACAGUGGAAGACGAUCCUCCUUAUCAGCUGCCAGUUGAAAACGUAACUCAGCCAGGACAAGUAGAAUCCAUAGUAGAGAGUAUAGAAGUCACCAGUGAAGUGGAAAUUCCGCUGCGAUCAUCAUUCCAAAACGAUUUUCCGCGUCGGUCAGGAUUUGUAGAAUCGAUCGUAGAGAACAUUGAAGAAGUCAAGGUGGAAGAAAUAGUGAUUCCAGAAGCCACUAUUUCCAUAAGCCAACCAGGUUUGGUGGAAACCAUAGUUGAGAAUAUCGAAGAGACCACAGAAAUUCAGGCUCCACCUCUUCCGGUUAGCCUACCUCCUCAAUCCGGGUUUGUAGAAACUAUUGUGGAAAACAUAGAAGUUACAGAAGCUAAUCCACCCAUCCAACCGCCACUGCCUCUAAAUAUUCCCUCCCAAACUGGCUUUGUAGAAACCAUAGUUGAGCAAAUCGAAGUUCCCGAAUCCCCUGAAUCGGUUGUGGAGGAAAUUGAAAUAAGAACAACGUCCGCUGUGGCUCCAGUCACUACGGGCUUUCUUCCCCGAUCCAGUUUGGUGCAAGAACUUGUGGUGGAGUCUCUGGAAGUUACACCCACUCCGUCGCCUCCUCCAGAACCAUUUCCCUAUCAGGCGCGCACCAUUCUCCGGGAGAGUCUAAUCGAAGCUGAUCCGUAUGUGGAGGUGGAGGAACUCACUCCAUACUACACGGCCCCACAAAGUCCCACCGUGGAGGCGGAAAGCCUGAGCGAAGCCGAGGCUUAUGUGGAAAUUAUAGAAGUUACCCCCACUAAUUCACCACCUCGCAGGCCCUCAGUCGAAGUGGGUAUUGUGCCGAGACCAAGUUUAGCGGAAACGGCCAUAUUUGUGGAAUCAGUGGAAACCACUCCCACCUCCUCACCUCCUCAAAGCCCGCCGCUGAAGCUGAAAAUACCGCCACCAAAGCCGCCGCUAUCUGAAGUCAUAAUAGAGUCUGUGGAAGUAACGCCUGUGCCGGAAUUACCUGCCACCGUUUCUCCUCCGAAGCCACUUAAUAACUUUAUUCUCACCGAUCUGGUUAUAGAUGGUGUGGAGAAUCAAGGUCCCUCGGUCGAAAUAGUGGAGAGGGAAAUCAUUGUAGAGGGUUCCCGAAACGGAACCCAGUCAGAGUCCAUUGUUAUGACCGAGGAAAUUAUCCAACAACCGCCCACUCCAGCGGAAAUCAUUUUGGUGGGCGAAGUUUCCGACCAAAACACGGACAAGGCGGGCAAGCGAUACUCCUUGAGUGCUGCACUGGCCGGAGAAACUAAUCUUACCCAAGAGACACCCAAGGAUAUGCCGGGACUCGAGAAGCGGGACUUGCCAGUUGACCCGCCCAAGAAGAGGUGCUGCCCUUGCAGGUGCACCAUAGCCUAA